UCUACCAGGAAACAAACAGCUACGAAAAAAAGGCUAAAUAGUCGCUAUCCUCCAACUGCUCUCUUGUUUUCAGCGAUGUAGAGAAAAGAGGCUGAGCUGCUCUUAAAUAAAACAGCAGGACCCAUGACCCUGACACGAGGAUCCUUUACUUACUCCAACGGCGAGGAGUACCACGGGGAAUGGAAAGAAGGUCUCCGUCAUGGCCUGGGUCAGUUGACCUUCAGCGAUGGGACGUGCUACACUGGACAGUUUGAAAAUGGCCUCUUCAAUGGUUGUGGGGUGCUGGUCUUUCCUGACGGCUCCAGUCAGUUUCCUCCGUACCUGUUUGCUUUGAUAAAAUGCAUGAUGAGAAUUUUGUGUGGUGCAGGAGUGCUGGCGUUUGUGGACGGAGGCCCCGGAGGAGGAGGAGGCACCCACGAGGGUCUGUUUGAGACCAGCCAGCUGAUGAAGAGAGAGAACAGCCAGGGAGCUGUGCAGCGGGCGCAGGCGGCAGCUGCCAAGGCCCGAGCUCUGCCUGAUGAGAGCACUUCUGCUAAUUCAGCCAAAGGAAAGCUCCACAGAUUAGAGGCAGAUUAG